UAAAAGCUGCUUCCGAACUUCGGAGACAAAUUUUCAUAGUGAAGCCACCUCUUAACUCCAGAAGCGUAAUUUGCUUAAGAAAAAGCCGGCGGGCUUGUCUAUCGAAUCAAUCACUAAUAAUACAUCCGCCAGAAAUGGCGGCUCUCUACAUUGAUUUUUCCACUCGUCAAACUUUCACGGUUUUUCCAUUAAUAAGAAAUAGUUCAAGUUCGACAACU